AUGAGAUUCCUGGCUCUAGUAAUUCUUGUUAUCCUUGCUAACUUGGCAUCAUGCCAAGAUGAUGGCAACCUGACGGUGGUGGCAAGUACCAUGGCUGUCACGACAGAAGCACCAACCGAAGCCGGUAGCGAUGUGUCAGUUGCAGUGGAAACUGACGCUCCCAGUGAUAUGGAUGCUGAUGGUGCUGCUACGAAUGCCACCGACGAAGGUAUCGACACUGUCGCUCCCACGGAAAUGGCAACAAUGACACAAUCAUCACCAGACGGGGACGCCAACAUGGCAGAAGCACCAGAUAUGACAACAGUGGCACCAACCGAGGAAGCAACUAUGGCUGUUACCGCGGAUGCGACUCCAGCUGCAACAACUGCUGUAACAACAGCUGAAACCAUGGCCGUGACAGACGUGGAUGUGGACCUCGGGGCAAAUGGAACUGUUGUAGACGAUCUUGCUCAAGUAGCCGUGGGAAAUGUGACUCUAGAAACCGAUGAGACUGCCACGCCAACCAUAUCGCCAACCAUUUCUCCUGAUACCCAAGCACCCACAGUCAUGGCAACUACAUUAUCACCUACACAAGGGGCAACGCCAGAAGCCACUGCUCAACCAACACUUCGAGCCACACCUGCAGCAACCCCCGCAGCGACUGCAGUAGCCACUCCCGGUGCUACUCCGGGCGCCACGGCUGCUAGCACAGCAGAUGGAACCACGGGAGUACCAGUACCCGCUACGAGCCCUGGUGAAGGUACUGCAAGUCCAACCGUUCAGGUAGGCGUGGGCGACAUUACAGUAAUUGAGCCAUCGCCCACGUCUGAUCCCAAUACAUGUGCUGCGACACUUCUCAACACUGACCCGGUGUGUGGUCAAUUACUCAAGUUUACCAAUGCAGUUUGUGAUUGCUACAACUUUUGCUCUGGGCAACUCAUUGGUUGCUUGGAAUUUGGAGAACAAAGCUCAUUUAGUUGUGCAGGGGAAACUGUGGCAGGUUGUACAGCGGAUCAAAAGACUGCAUCGUCGGCUCCUCGGGGCACCCGAUUGUUAUCGUCAUCCCUGUGGUGGGGCGCUGUGGUAGCUGCAGUAGCAGCGAUACCGUCAUCAUUUUUAUGA